AUGGUUUUCUGCUUCACUAAACCCAAAGACACUAUAAAGAAGGACCCUAUCGAGGUGCACAUUGGUAUCGACCUCGGUAACAAUUCCACUGGGGCCGCCUACAGCGUCAAAGGUUCUUCGGAAAUACGUGAUAUUGACGACUGGCCGGGCACUGGAGGUCGUGCUGUCCUACAAGUCCCUACUGCCAUCAGCAGCUCUACUUGGGGCUAUACAUGGGGCUACAAAACCUAUGCCAUGGCUGAUGAAAAGGUCACUCGCGACGUGAAGGUCCUGGCUGAGAAAUAUGAGGCACCCAAGUCUUUGUUGAAAAGAGUAUUCGCGCCGCCGCCUAACUUCCACAUGGGUCGAUAUCUGGAGGGGGUUAAGGGGCAUGUCGAAGACGUACUCCAAAAUAAAUUCGGACAACUGGCGAAAAAUAUGAAACUGCAAUAUUGUUUGACCGUGUCUGAUGACUCCAGUCAAGCACAGAGUGUCUUGAAGAUCGCGGCAUCCUGGGCUAGCAUUCCUGACUCGAACUUGAGGAUUGUCUCUGAGUCGGACGCGGCUCUGAGGGAUUGUUUCCGUGCCUCUUAUACCGACAAUCCACGCGAGAAUGACGUCGUGCUGUUGGUGAACGCUGGGCACCAGAAAGUCAGUGUUGGGGCUUAUCAAAUGAGCAGUAAAAGACCAACCAGAUUCGAAAGUCUUCAGGGGAAGAUUGAGGGGGCUACACAAUCGUGUGGGUCAGCAAUGCUUGAUGACCACUUCGAGAAGCUUAUGAUCAAACUGCUUGGCGACAAAACCUAUUCCGAUCUGCCACGUAAGACUCACCAGACAGCAAUGCGCCACUGGCAAGACAUCAUCAAGCCAUCUUUUGGAAAGUGCCUAGGCAAGGAUGAGAAGGAGGAUGUGACAUACUUUGUCCCGAUUCCAGGUGUCCAAGACGACCUCUCCGUUGGAAUAAAGGGUGGCUAUCUGAUGAUUGAUAAAGCUCAGAUUCAGGGCAUCUUUGACCCCGUGAUCCAGCAGGUCAAGGACCUGUUGAGUUCCCAGAUUAUUAGCGCGGCCGCUGCCAAGAAAGAGGUCAAGGUCAUUGCCUUAGUCGGUGGUUUUGGUUCAUCCGAGUAUCUGUUGCAGCAGCUGAGCGUGGCAUACCCAAAAGUCAAAGUGCUGCAACGCCCCAAUGCCUGGUCUUCUGCGGCACGUGGAGCUGUCCUGCAUUCGCUAGACGGCCCUCAGAAGAUUGCACGCCGACACUACGGAAUUAAGCACACCGAAAUAUUCAACCCCAAAGUUCAUAAAGAAGAAGACAAGUAUUGGGAUCCCGUUGAAGGAAAAUACAUGGGUGAUGAAAUAGGCGACGAUAACACGGAUGUCUCUCCAUGGUAUCACGUCUUUUGGCUUGAUGCAUCACUGUCAGGAUCGCACGAAUUUUAUGCCUGUGACAAGGACAAGGCACCAGAUGUGUUCACAAAAGGAGAGGUUCGCCGCAUCUGCAAGUACCAGUACAAUUUUAAUUCUGUCCCCAAGUCGGCUAUACCCCUCAAAAAGAAUCUCGAAGGGGGCCUGUAUUGCAAAGUAGAAUUUGAAAUUAUACUGACCGCAGGUUCUGAGAAUCUGAAAAUUGAGGAUCGGUGCAACGGUAUAAUCUGUGGAAGCACGAAGACUGCUUACUAG